AUGGCAGUCUUAAAAAGGUGGGUGCUAGACCACAAGGUCCUGGAGGUCGAAGAUGAGGUUGGGAUACCAGGUGCCUGUGGGGGCCACCCUAUGCACCUGCUGAAGGAUGUCAUCCACAGGGGCAUUAUAGAUCAUCCCAGGAUAGACUUUCUAAAUUGCAAUCUCAUUGUCAACUAUCAUGAGCUACAUGGACAGUGCUCAGUGAAUCGAAAUCCUCUCCUUAAUUUUGAUGAUGGAAAACAGGAGGGAAAUGCCACUGAGCUGUGUCCUCAUUUGUUUCAAAGCCUGAAAGACACUUUAGGAGUGAUGUGGAGCCUGCAGUCAGGUAAUGACGCCUUGCAUGUCACCACAAAUUCACAAUAUAAUCAAGGAGAAUUCAUUGAUGGACACUGGGCCAUCAACAUUGAUGAGAAGUAUAGCAUCUACUUUUAUCCAUUUAGUAAGACGUGGAGAGAGAGUCAUUCUGAAGCCAGUGGUGCCGUGGAGCAAUGGAAGAACGACAAGGAACUAGAACAAGGUCUCAGUAAAGUCCUCACGGGAGACUUCAGUGACUGCCUCAAGAAAUUGUUGCCACACUCCAGAGAAAUGCCAACCUUGACAACCACUCCUGCACAUAUGGACCAACCUUCUUCCAUGGCAUGCAGUUCCAAACCCUCUGUCCAGCUGAUAAUGUUCUGCUGCCCCAUCCUCCUCCUCCUCACAAAGGUUUUCUGA